AAGCAAAAUCAGUUUACUUUUCUUACGUAUUUUUUUUUGUGUGUUUUUUUUUUCCCACUUUAGUAUUCUUAUUUUCAUUAUCUCCUCUUCGUUGCGUAAUCUUCCACUGGAACUAGAGCUUCGAUCGCUUCGAUCGCCACUGCACCAGGAUUUGUGGUGUUCGAUCUUUUACGUCGGAAGCUUUGAUUCCUCAAUUUGUGUUUCGUUGGUGGAAAAGUUUAGGAAUUGGUUUUCAAGGGCUGUACAAGUUUAAGAACGAGUGAUCCCUCCAUGCGUGAAUAAGGGCCGAGGGAAUUGUCUCGCUAAUAGCAAUUUAGGGUUUCUUGGUUUUGGUGCUCUGAUGGGGCAGAGUUAUAUAGUUUGAUUUUGCCAAUCUAGCGGUGCAUUGGGUUUUGUCCUUGCCGCUCGAUGGGACGGAGGGAGCUUUUCUAUUGUUUAGUGCUUCUCCUCCCUUUAGCUGAAUCCUCGAGCCGAAUGGGUAAUGGGUGGUUAUUGAAUCUUGGAGCCGAAACAUCCUUCGAACUCAGCUGGACAUCCUUCAGCGCGAGCAUAUUUGUGCUAGUGGCUCUCGUGCUGUCCACAUAUCUCAUCUUUGAGCACCUUGCUGCUUAUAACCAGCCAGAGGAGCAGAAAUUUCUUAUCGGACUCAUUAUGAUGGUUCCUGUCUACGCAGUGGAAUCGUUUUUAUCACUGGUGGAUUCAAGUUCUGCGUUCAACUGCGAAGUGAUUCGGGACUGUUAUGAAGCAUUUGCCCUGUAUUGCUUUGAGAGAUAUCUUAUUGCUUGCUUAGGUGGUGAAGAAAAUACCAUCAAAUAUAUGGAAAGUCGGAGUGUAAUUGAUGCUGGCACACCUCUUCUGGAAGAAGCCUAUGCUUAUGGAGUUGUAGAGCAUCCUUUCCCACUAAAUUGCUUUAUACGGGAGUGGUAUCUUGGUCCUGACUUCUACCAUGCUGUGAAAAUUGGCAUUGUGCAAUAUAUGAUUGUAAAAAUGAUCUGUGCUUUGCUAGCUAUGCUUCUUGAGACUUGUGGGGUAUAUGGAGAAGGGAAGUUUGAAUGGAACUAUGGCUAUCCUUACUUGGCAGUGGUUCUGAAUUUUAGUCAGACAUGGGCCUUGUAUUGCUUGGUACAGUUUUAUACUGUAACUAAAGAAAAACUUAAGCCAAUCAAACCAUUGCCAAAGUUCCUGGUUUUCAAGUCAAUUGUUUUCCUGACGUGGUGGCAAGGCGUCGCUGUUGCAUUUCUUUUCUCGGUUGGAGUCUUGAGAGGGUCUUUGGCUCAGGAGCUGAAAACACGUAUACAAGACUAUAUCAUCUGCAUUGAGAUGGGCGUCGCUGCUGUAGUGCAUCUCUAUGUCUUCCCAGCUGUCCCAUACAAGCGUGGGGAGAGGUGUGUGCGUAAUGUGGCCGUGAUGACCAACUAUGCAUCUCUUGGAUCACCUCCUGAUCCCGAGGAGGUUCGAGAUUGUGAAAGGACAACUAGAAUACGCAUUGCACGGCAUGACGAGAGAGAAAAACGGAUGAAUUUUCCCCAGAGUGUUCGUGAUGUGGUUGUUGGAAGCGGUGAAAUAAUUGUUGAUGACAUGAAGUACACGGUUUCUCAUGUGGUAGAACCAGUUGAAAGGGGUUUUGCAAAGAUAAAUAGAACCUUUCAUCAAAUAUCAGAAAAUGUGAAACGAUUCGAAGAGAUGAGGAAGGGCUCUAACUCUAAGGAUGAUAGUUAUUUGAUCCCCCUCAAUUCUUGGUCUGGAGAGUUUUCUGAAGUUCAUGAAAAUCUUAUUGACGGGAGCACCAGCGAUAGUGGAUUACCCAAGGGCAAGAGACAACAUGGCCAGUCCAAACCCGUACCAUCUCAGAUGAAAGGCAGAUAACAUGUGCAGCUGCACUUGGGCAUAGGAGGCAGUGUGGAUGUUCACAUGCUUUAAACUGCUGAAGUGACUGGGUAAUCUCAGAUUAGUGAGUGACUUUCUUGUUGAUGAUCGCAUAUUCUUUCGACAGUGAAAAACUGUAUAUAGGAGACUGGAAGACAUCGCCGUUGCGGUGCAAUCCAUUAGGCAAACAAAUUGCAUCCUAGUGCUGGAGUUGUGUCACAGAAUACCCUUUUCCGCCUAGUGCUGAUGCUGAAUGUUGAUUUAUGAAGUCAAUUGAAGGAAGCGAGAUCAUUGUAAGGACUGUACAUAAUGAAAUAGGUACCUCAUUUUUGGUUAACAUGCCAAAGCAAGACCGUCUUGCGUC